AGAGGUUCUUGCUGUAGUUGAUUCGUGCUAGUCAUGCAAGAUGGCUGUUAUUGGGAGAUUUGAGGAUUUGGUGUUCUUACUUUUUAUGAUAGUUGUUUCACCACAAAUUUCAGAGAUAUACGGGCAGCGUAUUAGAUCACUUUAUGUGGAACCCCGUAAAGAAAAUACAAAUAUUAAUAUAUUUGAGAGUAGUGAAACACGUAAUUCUGGGCAAUAUCCAACCGGUAUUCGGAAAUCAGUUUCUCUGACAGGUCACAAUGUAUACAAGAGGUCUGCAAUACCUGAAGCCAACGUUGCAACCCAUGUUUUUCCCCUGAAUGAUAGCCAUCAGCAGUUGAUGGUACAUUGGGCCGGUGAGGGAUCAGAUGUUAUUUUAUGUCUGGCUCGCGAUUCGCCGAGAUUUGCAGCAGCGAGCAAUCGGCCCUCAGCAGUAUACAUCUCAUACGACUAUGGAAACACAUUUCAAAACAAGACAGAAGAUUUCAGGCUGGAAGGCGAGGGAUUUUCAUAUGCAUUCCUGGAGAAAUUCUUUAUUCAUCCAAAAUAUAAUUCUCAUUGUGUGUUUACGGAUCCUCAGAAUCAAGUGAUUUUUGUUACAAAAGAUUAUGGGAAAAACAUUAUGAGGAUAAAGGUUUCAUUCACUCCAUCAGAAGUUUCAUUUCAUGAAGAUGAACCUCUGAUCUUCCUUGUCUAUGAUAAAGCAAAUUCUGCAAAGCAGCUAUGGAUUACAAGAGAUUAUGGGCAUACGUUCUCAGUGGUCCAGGAGUAUGUGAAAGCCUUCUUCUGGUUCAAUUCAGACGCCGAUGGACAGCCGAGACUUUUGUAUGUUGAACGUGAGGAGCCCAGUGGAUCGUCUACUGUGUUAGCAUCUCCUACCAUGUUUGAAGGACGUAAUUACACGGUGCUUAUUCGUGGAGUGGAGGACUUUCAAGUUCGAGAUGACUUCAUGUUUGCAACUAAGAAGGUCGAUGUGAACAAUUUGGAUCUCUACGUCUCGUACAAACGGGGAAAUUUCAUGCGAGCGCACUUCCAGUCUGAGCUGGACCGUCGAGCGUACCACGUGGCAGAUGUCAGCGAUGGACAAGUGAUGGUGGUUGUGAAUCACACAGGAAUGCUUACCAACCUUUAUGUGUCCCAGCUGAAGGACUCCACAGGAAUUUACUUUGCUCUGUCACUUGAACGAAUCUUCUGUUACUUCCCCAACUCAACCUGGAUGGGAUCGUGGCUCAGAGAUGUGGCAGAUGAAUCGUUUGCUGAUCUUACCAAGGUACAAGGACUGCGUGGAAUCUAUAUCGCAUCCCAGAUAACUUUGUCAGCUGGAUUAAGCCGCGUAGGACCAGAACACAUCUCGACUUUAAUUACGUUUGACCGUGGUGGGGAAUGGAGACCCUUGCGAGCGUUUUUGGUCGAUAACGAGGGCCGGCAGAUCGCGUGCGACAUAGCAGAGAACUGUUCGCUGCAUUUGUCACAGAGGUUUUCCCAGCUGUAUCCUGUGACACGCUCUGUUCCUAUCCUCACUACCAAGUCUGCUCCUGGUAUCAUAAUUGCUAUGGGCGUUAUAGGAACGUCUCUGAAAGGCCACCCUAGCGUGUUCCUCAGUCGUGAUGCAGGUCUCACUUGGAGGCGGCUGUUCCAAGACUAUUACUACUUCAAUGCCGGCGAUCAUGGCGGCAUUCUCGUGGCAGUGAAGUACUUUAGAUCUCAAGGAGAGACUCGAGAACUGCUGUACUCGACGGACGAAGGAGAUAAUUGGCACACGCAGAAGUUUCACGCGGAUGAUCUACGGAUUUAUGGCCUGAUGACGGAGCCUGGUGAAAACACCACUGUUUUCACCAUGUUUGGUUCUGCGACAGGACAGCAUCAGUGGCUUAUAAUUAAAGUGGACUUCAGCAAGGUUUUUAGUUAUAAUUGUACCGACGAAGAUUACAAAUUCUGGUCACCAAGCAGUGGCUCUGGUGCUCACAUGCCAUGCGUGCUAGGCCUCAAGGAGACGUACCAGCGCCGCAUUCCACACUCGAACUGCUUCAAUGGACGUGAUUAUGAUAGGCCAAUUAAAAUGGAAGUUUGUGAUUGUGAUAUAGAAGAUUAUGAUUGUGAUGUUGGAUUCGUAAGGCACAUGCCUACAGGAACGUGCAUUCAUAACAGGACGUCCGUUCUUGAUCCAUACAAGCCCCCGUCUUCUUGUCGUCCAGGAGAGACUUACGAACGUACGAAAGGCUACGUAAAAAUUGCUGGUGACGUUUGCACCGUCAGCAACGAUGAUAAAUUUAGGCCAGACAAAAUUCCAUGCCGUUUUGAUGAGGAACAAGAAUUUAUUCUUCUUGCUCAGCGAGAUAAAAUUACAAGAAUAAGUUUGGAUGCUGACAAUACCUUUAGACCAUUACCCAUUUUUGGUCUCAGAAACGUGAUUGCGAUUGAUUUUGACAUGCGCAACAACUGUGUGUAUUGGGCUGACAUUAUCAAUGAUUCUAUUGGUCGACAAUGUUUGGAUGGAUUGGCAAAACCAGAAAUUCUUGUAGAGAAUCAUCUGUCAUCGAUUGAAGGAAUGGCUUUAGAUUGGGUGUCGAAUGUGUUGUAUUUUGUUGAUGGCAUACAAGCCAAAAUAGAGAUAAUUCGUACAGACGUGAACUAUGAAGGUCGCAUGCGCAAGACGAUACUUGGACCUGACAAACUGAAGAAACCCCGCGGCAUUGCCGUUCAUCCAGUGAGAGGGUACAUAUUUUGGACUGAUUGGGCACCAGGGGAACCUAGCGUGAACAGGGCAGAACUAGAUGGCAGUAAGGUUGUGCGUCUGUUCAAGAAACCUGUAGUGGAGUGGCCAAAUGGUAUUACUAUUGACCACAUCGCAGAGAGAAUCUACUGGGUUGAUGCACAUAAGGACUACAUCGCUUCUGCUGACCUCGAUGGACAUAAAUUUACCAAAAUAAUUGCUGAUGAUGAACACGUGUCUCAUCCAUUUGCUGUGGCUGUAUUUAAGGACAAUGUCUAUUGGGAUGACUGGAAAUUGAAUGCAGUGUUUUCAGCGGACAAGGAUCACGGAGUAGGAAUUGUCAGACUUCAGAGUGAUCUGCAUGGAGUCAUGGACCUCAAGGUAUUUGCUCAUGGUGUCCAAGAGGGAACAAAUGCUUGUAGCCACCAGUCCAGGAUCCAGUGUUCUCACCUGUGCCUUGGGAAACCAAAUAAGGAGUACGCUUGCCUGUGUCCUGAUGGCAUGGAGCUAAACAAGAACGGUUCAGCUGAAAAUUGCAUGUGUCCAGGAAAGAAACCUACUAAUGAAAAAGGAACUUGCCCUACAGCAAAUAGUACCUGUUCAUCAGAUUACUUUUCCUGCAAUAAUGGAGUGUGUAUACCGGAGCUGUGGAAAUGUGACGGAGAAGAUGACUGUGCCGACGGGUCGGAUGAAGUGGGGUGUGUUCACACGACGUGCGAGCCCAACAUGUUUACGUGCAAGGAUGGAAAAUGCAUCCCACCUUACUGGCUCUGUAAUUUUGAACGUGAUUGCUCUGAUGGCAGCGAUGAAGAAGGAUGCUCACAUCAGAAUUGCACUGUUGAAGAAUUUCGUUGUAAUAAUGGGCAGUGCAUAUCGCGACGUUGGCUCUGUGAUGGGGAGGAUGACUGCAAGGAUAGAUCGGAUGAAAUCAAUUGUCCAAGUCCGACACCUCCCGCUCGUUGCACACUGGCAGAGUUUCAGUGCAUUUCUUCCAAGCAGUGCAUACCAAAUUCUUGGCAGUGUGAUGGUGAACGUGAUUGUUCUGAUUUGUCAGACGAAAUGAACUGUAAGAACAAGACGUGUAAUCUCUGGCAAUUUCAGUGCAAGAAUGAGCGUUGUAUAUAUAGUUCUUGGAGAUGUGACGGAGAUGACGACUGUCAGGACCAACCUGGGCGAACCGGUUCAGACGAGGAGAACUGUACAUCCACUAUGCCACCAACUUUACCAACUCCACAUGUUUUGUGGCCAAAUAACUCGUGUAACUCGUGGAUGUUCCGUUGUACCAACAAAGUUUGCAUCCCCUUCUGGUGGAAGUGUGACGGCGUAAAUGACUGUGGUGAUGGUUCAGAUGAACUUGGCUGCGGACAGGACGUUGAUCCCAGCAGUACCUCAACCAGUACUGCGCCUACUACUCCAGUAACGUGCAGUGAAAACCAUUUCCGUUGUUAUAGCGGAAAGUGUAUAUUGUCCUCGUGGGUAUGUGAUGGAGCCAAAGAUUGCAGAGAUGGUGAGGAUGAGGAGAACUGUCAGAGCACUAGAAAUUGUGGACCCAAUUCGUUCAUGUGCCAUGCGGAUGGAUCGUGCAUGCCUAUAACCCAAGCUUGUGAUGGAAUAAUUCAGUGUCCAGAUGGCUCUGAUGAAUCUGUUUGUCAUCCACUUCCUAGUCCGUCCACUAGUUGUCCUCCAGGGCAUUUCAGUUGUGACGGGAGUCAGUGCUUCCCAUUGGCUCGACUGUGCGACAAGCAUCAGGACUGUUACGAUGGUUUUGAUGAAAACAAUUGUGACAACAGCACCAGAAUUUACCAGGUAACGCAGAUGGGAGUUGAUGAUUAUGGAUCAAACUCAUCUUCAUUGCAUUUGUACUGGUGGAUCCACAACUCUUCUGCACCGCUCGAGUUCCUUCCGUCAUAUGCCGAAGUAUUUAAUCAAAGGAAUUCAAACUGGACAAAUACUACGUGGAUAGAUCGCAUGGAGUAUCUCUUCUUUAGCCUGAAGCCAUAUACUACAUAUAACUUGACCGUGUAUGUGAGGAUGAAAGGCGAGACGCAGGUGUACCCUCCUGUGAAGUAUGUCACUGCUGUAACUGGCCAGGGCGUGCCAUCACCUCCAUGGAAUGUAACAGUGAAUCAGCUGAACGCACAUCAAGUUGUUGUGAAUUGGCAGCCGCCGAGGUCACCCAACGGAAAAAUAGUCAAUUAUGUCAUAUUUCUGACCCCACCCAUUCCACCCGUUUCGCAGUUGCAAAGCGGUUCCAAAACCAGCUUCACCGUGAACAGCGACUACGUCGCUAAUGGAAAAUAUUCUUUCUGGGUGAUAGCAAGGAAUGAAGCUCAUGACAGUAACAGUUCAGCAGUAGCGACUUUGGCGUUUGAUGGUGACGCAGCUAUUGAGGCUGUCGAAGGAUUGGGGCUGGAACACAAAGACAACCGCAGUGUGAGUUUGACGUGGAAGAAAGUGAACAAAGCCGAUGGAUACUACGUGGUUCCUAAGAGCAUGCCUCCUUAUCCAAACCUUGAGAUGAAUACGACAAAAAUAAACAAAAUUACAGUAUCAAAUCUAGCUCCUGGAACUGUCUAUAUCAUGGAAGUGUCAGCCUAUAAGAAAUCGUUCACAGGCCAACCUGCAUCCAUCACAGUAAAAACAGAUGGCAAGCCACUCCCCCAAGUUUCAGGAUUGGUGGCAGAUUUAUUGAAGACUAGUGGUACAACCGUAAAACUUCGUUGGAACCUCGCAAAGGAUGACAGCUACAAAGAGGAAUGGGAAUAUGGCAUCUAUUACGCACUCAACACAACAGAUCUCCUUUCAAGACCCAAGCUUAGCACAAAGGCUUUGAAUGCAACUGUGGGAAACUUGGAAGCUUGUGAAUCGUACAUUUUUGCCGUGGGAGUGAUUGGCCCCCUCGGUCUGGGCCCGUUAUCGGCUAAUCCGUCAACUUUGGUUACGAGGUUCAAUGUGAAUGCUGCGCCGAAGAAUCUGAUGGUGACUGGAGAUCCUCACAAUGAGACGAUUAUGCACGUCCAGUGGCGCUCUUCCUGUCCUGCAAUGACUGACAAGGUUUCUUACAUGGUAACGGUGACAGAACUGAACUUAAAUAUCAGUUAUUCGGUAACGUUGUUGUCCACGUCCAUGACUGAGCUGUCCCACUGGUUUUCAGUCCAUUAUGGAGGUCAUUAUAGAGUGACAGUGCAGACAUACAGUGAAGAUGCCAUUCCAACGAAAGCUGUCGAGUAUUUGGCACCACCCAUUCAGCCCCCUCACCAACUUCAGGUUCUACCUGAACGUAAUGGCAGUUACAUAGUGUACUGGAAAGAGAGGGGCCUUCCAGCUGCAAUUGCCAAUACGACGUUCCAGUAUAUUGUGCUCGUAUCUGAAGGAUCUGUCUUGAAUGAAAGCACAGCUGCACAGUACACUACAUCUGGCCCCCCUUUCAUAUUGGACAAAGUGCAGGAGGGUGCCAUCUACUCUUUCGCUGUCAAGUUAGAGACGAGUGAUGGGUACCGUUCGCAGAUCUCAGAAGUGAGCUCUGUUGAGAUGCCAGUGGGUUCCUGGAAAGCCGUGCUGUCUCCUCGAAACAUCGUCAGUGUGGUGGUACCCGUCAUGCUGGUUGUGACAGCACUCUGUGGUGCGUUGGCUUUCUUUGUGCUGCGACAUCGCCGUCUGCAACGCAGCUUCUCAUCUUUUGCCAAUAGUCAUUAUGACACGCGUUCAGGCGCGGCAACAUUUUCUGGCGGCGACGGUUUAGAUGAAGAAGAUUCUCCCAUCAUCCGUGGUUUCUCUGACGACGAGCCAUUGGUGAUAGCUUGAGCAGAAUCUGUUAUCCGGCAGGUAAAUCCAUUGUCAAAUCUCUGUGAUACUGUAAUUGGUAAUACUGUUUUAUUGACAUGGACUAUGCUUAAAAUUCGACAGAAUACCGUUUCACCGUCGAUUAAAAAUUUUUGUGCUGUACUAGUGAUAAUUUCCACAGAUGACCACCACUAAAUAUUAAUUUCCGCAGUCUUACUGGCUGAUAAGUUUGCCGUAGAGUCUCUUGAUUGAAACAUUAUCAAUGUAAUGUGUUGUGGCGUUUCAUAAUUUCAGAGUGAGUAUUUUUAAGUAGAGGACAUGCAUAGAAAUCAAAGUAUUGCUGUUUUAUAUAUAUAUAUAUUAAUUUGUUAUAGGUUGUAACUUGUGUGUGGUGCAUGUGUGGGAAAAUUUUAGUGUUUUUUUAUCGAAGACUUUUUAUUUUAGAAAACAUUUUGUAUUAUUCUUUCUUACCCUUCUUAAAGUAUAAUUGUUUUUAUAGUUAGCGUGAUUAAUUCUAUCAUGAUGUUUGAAUGUUGGUGCAUUAGCACUUUGCUUUGUGAAUUUGUAUUAUAUUACAUUAUCGUUAAUUUUAAGUCGUUACAUAUGAGUGCACUUUGUCAAAUUGAAUUGCGUGAACUGAAAUGUGAUAAUGGUAAUUCUUAAACACUGACUGACAGGGGUGAUGAAAUUCAUUUAGGAAGUUCUCUUUUGAGGAUAAUGUUUUAUCAGUGGCAAAAAAAAUUAUUUGGAAAAAUGCAUUAUGGAAAAUAAAGAAGAAAUGCGGGCGCUUUCCAAUACAGGAAGGUUGUGAAUUUUUUUUUUCCCCUUUAUAUUUUAAUUUAGGUUGAUUUGGUAAGAUUACUGUUCGCACAAAUGUGUCACUGUGUUUUAUCAGCAGAAUAACAAUCUGCAUUACCUACAUCUAGCCAAAGAAUUCUGAAAUCUUGCUUUUAUUCUCUUAUAGUGCCAGAAAAAUUGUUUAAUUCUGCUUAGAAUCGUAAAUGUAAAUAUGUCAAUAUUUCCUGUUAUAUGCAUUGUGAUCAUAGUAAAUUGCAGUGAAACACU